AUGAAUGAGCGCCGAAUGCGGUGUGGAAGCAAAAAAUGCAAGUUGUACGGCAAAUGCAAGUUCGUUAUGAAGAUUUGGCUGUUCGCCCACGCGAGGGACAUUCAGCAAGAGUGCGAAGGUCCCCACAAAGCAGUUAUAACUGUCCAAAUGAAGAAGAUCAUUUUGCAGCAAGAUGAGUGUGCCGUGCCCCCGCAGCUAAUUUGGAGUAGUAUGCACCGGUCUUCUGAUAUUCUCGAGCCCAAUAGAGGGUACCCUACUUUGAGCCAAGUCACCAACUGCGCCAAAUACUUACGCUGCUUACAGGGAACGAAGAAUUCCAUUCAAGUCGUACGCAAACUAGUUCGG